CCAAGCAAAAGCAGUAUGUCGCGGAAGCCCGUGACGACCAUUAGCCUCAGUGGCAAUCAAAAGUAGUAGUAGUACACCUCUUCGCGGCCACGUUCUCGUUCUUUAACUGUGCCCUCAGCGAGCCGCCAGGCGGCGUUCCACCUCGAGCGUCGUCCGGGAAGCUCGCGCUACCGAUGCUGCUAUGCCCGCUGGGGCUGGCGCGCAUCAGGGUCGUCGUUCAAAUGGUCCAGUGCGAGGACAUCGGCUGCUGCCGAGCUCCCAUGCCUAUCGACGAGGACCUUAACGUCGGUCCUUUGUGCGCUGCCAGCCCGCUCGCCGACUGCCGCAGCCACGGCCCGGUCGGCGCCUGACGGCCGCCGCACCCGCGCACGCUCGACGAGCCCGGCGCGACGAUCUUGCUCCCCGGUUCCUCCGGUUCGCGUUGCCAGCGCGCCCGGGGGGCCUCCCAUGAGCUGCCCGCCCACAGCAGUCUCCUGCUGUCGCUUCGUUCAGCUGUCCCUGGGCAGCAGCCCACCUACGACUCUCAGUGGGUCUGGUACGACGGCAGGCUCCCAACUGGGCUCGCCUACAUCUCUGCCUGAGGCGUUUACAGCACCGAGCUCUGGUGGGGAAGGCAGCAGCGGGGGCAGCCCUUCCGAUGGUGUCACCGGGGGCAACGCAGCGCUAGCUCAGCUGAGCACAAAGUGCAGCCUCUGCCAUGACACCUUCACUAUCCCAAAGGUGUUAAACUGCCUGCACACAUUUUGUCAGCCAUGCCUGGAGAAAGAGUGCACAGGGGACAAAGUUCGCUGUCCUCAGUGCAACCAUGACACCCCCUUGCCACCAGGGGGCACAGCUGGCCUUCCUUCCGACUAUGCAGUUUCGAAUAUCCUAGAAACUGCUGCCCUUGAAGGUGCCAGCCUUGGCUGUACAGGUUGCAAGGGCAAGGAGUCCAGCGCAGUAGCACGGUGCUUUGACUGUGCCAACUUCCUGUGUCCCAACUGCGUGAUGGCCCACCAGUUCAUGCACUGCUUUGAGGGCCAUAGAGUACUGACGCUAGGGGAACUGCAGAGCGCACGGGACGGGCUGCGAGCGCCACAGGACAAACCGGUUGCCUGCCUGCGCCACCGAUCAGAAGCCUUGCGUUACUUCUGCCGCUCGUGUGACACACCUGUCUGCAAGGAGUGUGCCUUGCUUGACCACCCAAAGGCAAUGCAUGAUCUGGAGCCGCUGAGCGAAGCAGCACCUCGUCACGUGGAGGGCCUGUCACACAUGGUGGAGGAUGGACGGGUCAAGUCGCACGAUCUCAGGGCAGCACUCAAGACCCUCGAGCAGGUGUCAAGCCGUCUCCAAGCUCAGUACCAGCGAGCCCAAGGGGAGGUCGCCGACACUUUCCACUUCUACCGCUCCAUGCUCGAGGAGCGACGGCAGGAGACCCUGCGCGAGCUCGAGAACGUAUACAACGCAAAGAUGGUCUCCCUAGGUCUGCUUGGACAGAAGGUUCAAGAUACCAUCGAACGAAUCCACCAGGUGUGUGCCUUUGUCGAGCGGCUGACUCGCUUCUCUACAAGCACCGAGGCUCUAGUCUUCAAGCAGCUACUGGAGGCGAAGUUCCAGGGAUUUUUGUCGUUUCGGCCAGAGGCUGGGCUCCACGGCAUGGACCUUGAAUUUGUGUCCAACUAUCAGGCGAUCCAAGUGGGUGUGCGCAACACUUUUGGCUACAUCAAGCAGGGUGGAGCACCUGAGGGGGCCCCGCGGCAACCGCCCAUUGCUCGGCCCAAUGGUGUGGUCCUCGGCCCAGCUGAGCGUAGUUCCACCCUGCAUCAGAACGGGCACCACCCUCCACCGCCUCCAACGUCUCCUUUUGAGUCAAACCUCCUGUCAAAGCGAUUCAGUUCGGCCAACAGUCUCGGACCGUUCUCAACCAGUCUUGCCGAUGUCAGCCCCUAUGAGAAAUGGUCCAGUGGAGGCGCUGACAUUUUCCACAAUGGCUCAGACUUCGGUGCUCCUCAGGACGCGCCUGCGGCCCCCCCACAGAAUGCCCUGGCUGAACUGUCGUCGAAGUACCUAGCCGGCACAGGAGUAGGGCUGUAUCCGCUCAAGUCGCAGAUCAAGCGGCAAAAGAUGAUCUAUCAUUGCAAGUUUGGAGAGUUUGGUGUAAUGGAGGGCCAGUUCACGGAGCCCUCAGGCGUGGCUGUGAACGCACAGAAUGACAUUGUUGUGGCUGACACGAACAACCACCGCAUCCAGAUUUUCGACCGGGAAGGUCGCUUCAAGUUCCAGUUCGGUGAAUGCGGGAAGCGUGAUGGACAGCUCCUUUACCCAAACCGAGUUGCCGUGGUGCGCCAAUCUGGGGACAUUGUAGUGACGGAGCGCUCGCCAACACAUCAGAUCCAGAUUUACAACCAGUAUGGGCAGUUUGUACGCAAGUUUGGCGCCGUCAUCCUGCAGCACCCGCGCGGCGUUGCCGUGGACCCCAAGGGGCGCGUGGUCGUUGUCGAGUGCAAGGUGAUGCGGGUCAUUAUCUUCGACCAGAGUGGCAACGUGCUGCAGAAGUUUGGCUGCUCCAAGCACCUGGAGUUUCCCAAUGGCGUGGUGGUCAACGACCGGCAAGAGAUAUUCAUCUCGGACAACCGGGCACACUGCGUCAAGGUGUUCAACUAUGACGGGGUUUUCCUGCGACAGAUCGGUGGAGAAGGCUUGACGAACUAUCCCAUUGGGGUCUGCAUGAACCAGGGGGGCGAGAUCCUGGUUGCGGACAACCACAACAACUUCAACGUGACUGUGUUCACCCAGGACGGGCAGCUCGUGAACGCUCUAGAGUCCAAAGUCAAGCACGCGCAGUGCUUUGAUGUGGCCCUCAUGGAUGAUGGCUCAGUGGUGCUGGCCAGCAAGGACUACCGGCUGUACGUCUAUCGCUAUGUGCAGCUUCCCGCAUCAUCCUCGGCUCCUCCGGGCUCGGGGGGUGGCGGCGGGGGUGGCAGCGGCGGCUGUCUCUGAUGGGAGAGUUGGGGGUCACCUUUGUUGCUGCGCCUUGUUUGCACGGGCUCUCUCCCUCUUUCACACGCACUCCUUCCUCGUUACAUUUUUAUCACCAUCAUAUGACCUCAUUUUUCGCAUGCCUCUUGCUCUGUUUUUUUUUUUUUUUCUUUUUAAUGUGGUUCGGUAAUUGUGAGGAUUGUGUGUAUAGCUUCUUUUUUUAAUAAGAGCAAGAGGCACCUGGUUGAAGAGGGAGAAAAAGCCAGUAUUCUCACCCCCUCCCCCCUUCUUUUCUCUCGUCAUGGUCCGUGAAGGGACUUCACAAUGUUUAGCCAGUGAUUGGCAGUUUUUAUCAAGAAGGCACCACCACUGCUGUUCCUUUUAAACAUGCCUAUUUUUUUUUUCUUACAACGACAGGCUUGCUGUCACUUGUGUUGUGGCCUGUGUCAUGUUUUUUUUUUUUUGAUCUGAUCUACUUAAGUUAUUUGGGUUUUUAGUGCAUAUGGUUUCAUUGUUUAUUUAAACCAUAUAUAAUCUACACACAGAGGCUCUUGUUAUGUUAAGUAGCAUAGUUGUUGUAGCGUUGUUUCCUUCAUUUUUUUUUUUACAUUUCCUGAAUUUUUUUUCCCUGUUUGGUUUGUGGGAUUUCCUCAACCGAUAUGAUUAUUACCUUUCGUUUGGAGCUUCUCCUUUAUUUAGUCGUGUCCGGUUAAGUCUGUUUGCUGUUUAUUGCAUUCUUUGUUUGGUUGGCUUCUUAUUCCUUUCCCGUACACCCCCUCCCCACUCUCCCCUUUUUAGUAUUUUGUUUUCAAUGUUUAUUAUAUGCUCUCUGUUAGAUCUUGUUUGUUUGGGUUGCCUAGGAGAGCUUUUGAGGUUACAAGCUUUUUUGUGUACGGUCCUAGUCAUAAACCGUGAGUGGUGCAGCGGGAAAAAAAAAAGUAAUCUGUUGUUUAGGAGCCCACAGAUCACACACUUACACGUACACAUACAAAAAAAAAACUGUAUUAUGGGGAAAAUGCUGCAGAACAAGAGGUAGACAAUAGUCAUGCCAAAGAGAUGUCCUGGGCAGGCAUCUUCGAAGGAAGUGGGUGUGGGUUAGUUUUCACUGCCAUAUUUUAGGCCAGUUCUGUCAUCAGCCAGCUUUCUGAGGCAGCUGUGAUUGGUUUUAUGCCCGUGUGUGCAUGGAGGGGCCAGUCAUAAGCGAUAUCACUUCUCAUUUUACUCCCUUUCCUCUUUUUUUUAAUCCUGUUUCAAUAUUUUAAUUUUUUUUCUUUUUUGUCGCUCUGAAGAGCCAUGUGGUGUUUGGCAUUGAGUUUGUUACCUGAAUGUGUUUGAGUAAUUUUGUGGAGUUCGGAUGCUCAUGUGCAAAGGCAAUUGUGCCAAGCGUUUGUCAAUGUCCUUCCUCCUGGUUUUCCCCUUUUAUCACCACUCCCUCCCUGAAGCCGGUGUGCCAGGCUAUUCCUUUUUUUUUUUUUGUGGGCGUAACUACCAGGCACUUUUAGUGUGAUCUGUGGAAAACUCGCUUGUCUUUCCAUGUGUUUGGAGGGAAAGCUUUACAUCAACAGUCCGAGGAGGUAUAUCCUUAUCUUUUCCCGCCCAAAGUUGUUAAACAGUUAAUACUGCCAUUGUCCCUUGGGUGCUGGCUCUGGCAGUUACAGCCAAAGGCAUCACCUCCACCGGUUUAUUUCACAUGAUUCUCGUAGCAACUGCAGUUAACAAUUUUUGCAGGCGGGGGGUCAUAGCUUGUUAAACGUGAAGGAGAAAUUUUCCAUACCAUGGAUGAAAUUUCCAGUGAGUAUAUCUCCCUUCAGCUCAGUUUUAUUCUGCGGCUAGUCAUCGGGGGCUGCCGUCGUCUGAGGAGUUUCCCUGUCCAACCUUCAUUCUGAGGUCUCGUGAAAUGCAUGUAGCCGUUACUAUUACCACUGUAUGUGGGAGGCCCCACCAAACCAAACAGAAUGAUGAAAUAAGAAGGCUGAGGAUGUUAUCUUCGCUGUCUGGUCUGGAGCUUUUUUUGUAUGAGUUAAGUUUUUUUUGUUCAUUGAGUUUGUGUUGUUUAAAAGGAAGUUUUAGUUUGCGCCAUUCUGUUUUUAUAUUAAGGGAGCAAAGCCUUUCUUGCUGUUGACACACUACUGCUUCUCUUUUCAUUUGUUCUGGAGGCUUUUUUUUCCCCCUUGUCCUUUGCAUUUACAUGUUACUGCCAUUCAUAUAACUUGCACUACACAGCCGAAUUUAUUCUAGAAGUGGCUGGGUGGGACACUUCACAUCUGUCUGCUUUGUUGUAAUUUUUAUUUUUCGACUGUUGUAAUACUGUGGAUAUGCGAACGCACAUGUAUGGAUCUUGCGGGCAGUGCUGUUGUAGCGAGGCGCGCAGCAUAAUGUUGCUUGGCAUGUGAAAAAAAACGGCAGGUACGACAUGUAAUGCUCAAGGUUUCGACGACCGCCUUACAACAGUGUGCAUUUUUGCUUGUCGACAGCAGAUGUGAACGCUAUGUUGUUUACUCCUAUAUAACUCAUUUCUCUACACAGAAUUUGCAGUUGUGAUUCACCGAGCACACAAACACGAGGUAUUCUGUUGAAUAAACUAUUUUUGUUGUUUCAGCAAUAAGUGAGUGAAUGCCAGCAUGGGCAAGUAAAAGCAUGCAAACACGUUUUGCAGUGGCACACGUUUUUUGAAGAAUCUCUCUUGCUUCUGUUUGAAAGCUGUUGGUUCUUGGCUUUUCACGCAGGGUCUGGUGGUGCGUUGCAUGCAAUGAAGGCUGCAGGCUUUUUCCUAGCCAGUUCCACGCUGCUGUGGACAGAAGCGCUUUUGCCUUUUUUUUUUUCCUUCUCUCAAGCCACACUAUUUGGCUUGGGUGGUGUGGGUGAUGUUUGCGUGUGGAAGUUGUCAUUUCGGUGUGCCGUCUGGUUGUCUGUACACGUAUGUGUGCAUGUGUGUAUGUGUGUGUGCAUGUGUGUGUGGUCGUAGACUCGUGUGACGUGGUGAUUGUCCUGAACAUUGGCGGAGGUUUCCCCCCCCCCCCCCCCACACACAACCCUACUCCCUAGCCCCAUCCCCUGCUGCCACCCCAUCUAUACAUAUCCACUACAUCGUUUGUUGCUAGCUGAGGUGUGAAGAAAGGCCUGGUGUGUUCUUGGGUCGCUUGGCUUCCCUAGCAGAGCUCUUAAAUACCCAAUCCAUUUUCUUCCUUCCAGACUAUGCAAGUAUGCAUGGGAAGACGAAGCUGAAUGACCACGACAUUUCACUUUUUGUAGUGGCCACCAUUGAUUGCUUUGGUUGUCUUUUGCCAGCACCAUUCAUUUAGCUAUGCUCAUACAGGCUUUUGCAAACAUGCAUGUGCCUUGAUGCAAUGCUUGAUUGGCUUUCAUCCAUUUCUUCUCUCCUUCUGCCACUUAAUCAUUUCGAGUUUUUGUGUACCAUGUGAUCUCCUUUAGCUCUUCUUGUUUCUAAGUGUUCUAAUCCAGCGGUCUCUGGUGCCAUCACAUUCCGGAGUUGUUUCCACAGACGCUAGCAAAUCUUUUUUUCUCUUCCUUAACAACUUUGAGUACUUGUAGUUGCUGCGCACCUAGGGCUUCCAAAGCUUUUGAGAAAGCUUAAUUGCAAAAUCGCCACAAUGGCUCACUCGGAUCAGAUGUGGGAACUGUCUGGAGCAAUAUACCAUCGGGAGAACAAGAUCAGACCUUCUGUGCACCUUCUAAUGCUGUUCACAUGCUGCAGAUUUUCUCUGGGAGUGAAUCUUAUCGCUCUAGACCAAGCCACAAGGUUCGUUAACAUUUUAUCAAGUUAGGUUCGUCGAGGAACACAGUUGAUUGCAUAUUCCAGUUUAUGAUGCCAACUUGUCGGAAGAGUUUAAGGUUUUUCAUAGUACAAAACCACAUGUCUUUACUGCAGUUACACAGCUUCAUUUGCAUUUUUUUGUUUUGUAUGCGCGUGUUUUGUUUUGCGUUGACAUUUUUGGAAGGUUUAUUAUUUAAAGAAAAAAAAACCAUGAGAUGAAGUUUCUCGUUCUUAAUAUAUUAUCUCCAUGUUCACUGCAUAUACAUAUAUAAUAGUAUAUACGUGUGUGCAUGCGUGCGUAUAUUUAUACUGUGUAUGUGGGAAGAAAAAUGUUGAAAACGUUUUGUGUGAACGUGCAUUUAUCAUUGCAGUGUGGAGGGCUGUUUGGGAUGAGGGUGGUUGCUUCAGGUGUUCUGUUUUCUCAACACCCAUCCCCUUUGAGGGGUGUCUCGGAGACUCUUUUAUGAAGGUGUUUCACUUGCUCACCUCAUUCUCUUGCAAAAAAGAACUCACUUCCCCUCUUCUAGGUAGACGCCAUUUCUUAGUCUCUAGGCACCCAUGCACAGACGAUGCUAUGAGGCGUAUGUUACACUGGCAUCCCCGUCGCUAACUUGCUAGAGCAGUUCACCGAUGACGAGCCCACGUUCUUGGAGCCUCUUUUUUUGACUGCUACACAGAGCCCAAGAGGAUGUCUCGCCAGCAGCCCUUUCCCCCGCAGACAUGUCAGGUUCGUUGGCGUUACCAAGCAUCGGCGGGGAGGCUGGCAUCCAAACACGAGGGCAGUUAAGGAGCGGUUGCAUUGGGAGCUGGCAUUGGCACUUCUCUCCACUGCGUUUGGUGUUGCGCAACAGCCUGGUUGAGGCGUGCAACUUUGGCCUUGGAGUUUCUUUUUUUUUUUUAAAGCCUUGCGGGCCAGGCUGUGCAUUGUGUGCUGCCCUGUCUUGCCCCUGGCUCCUGGUUGUAUGUGCCUAGUCAAGUGCCGCUUUCAUUGCAUACAUGGUCAAAGAAGGCUCCAGUGCUACGAAGAGAGGGAAAAAAAAAAGCAAUGCGGUGUCAUUGCUCUGUCCUGCUCUCCCCGAUAUUUUUUUAAACGUAGGGCAGCAGUUGUGCGAGUUGUGUGCUGUUCGUGUUGUCCGGCCGUGUUUUGUGUGGAUGCCCGUACAUUCCCGUCAAGUUUUUGACUUGCGUUUUUUCGGCUGCUGUUUCUCCGACUAGUUGCAGGUUGCGUGUUUCUCUCACUCCCGUUUGUCACUCUCUCUCUCUAUCUUGUUUGUCUCUGCGUCUUUUCUCCGUUUCUAGCAGACGUGCUCAACACUUGUUCAGAGCUGUUAUUUAUUUGUUCCUCAUCAUUUUUAAGCUGCUGUGGCAGUAGUUUUGAGUUCUUUGUUAACGGGCUACAGGCCAACGUGCGACUCCAUAUUGACGUUAAUGCAGUUUUUCUACUGAGAGUUCCAUGGUGUGAAUUUUUCAUCAUGUUUGUGUGUUUUCUAGUAAAGUGUUUGUGUGGUCGUCUUUCCCAUGUGCCCCUUUUUCCAGUGGCGUGCAGAGCUGAGUUGCAUUCAUGAGCUUUCUUUUUUCCCCCCUUUUCUGUUCAUUGUAUUCAAGCCCCGCAGAGACCACCCCCCACAUUUUAUAGCAGACUGCACUCUCGAGCCAUUAUGUGGUGACGGGGGCCAGCUCAGGCUCACCACCAAUAUUUGUUGCUCUUUCCAGCAGGGGUAUAUAUAAAAAAAAAUAUCGUGCAGUGUUCACUACAUCUUUUUGUUUCCUUUCAGAAGAAAGAAAAACUUGCGUGUUGUGUACAGCUGACAAGCUGCUUUUGACUGUACGAAUGGUGUCUAGCGUGUGUUUUCUAGAGUAAACGUUGACAUCUUUUAAUAUUUUUUUAUGCGCAAGCGCUCCCGAGUGGUGGCCGACCGGUAAAUCGUCCAGGAUGACUGCACUGUGUGGGUCUGUGUGUUCGUGUCGCAAGUGCAUUUCUCAGUGAAUGCAGAGCUACACUUCACAAUUCUGGUUGUUUGUAGCCGGCUGCGUCCGUUGGGUAACAUUGCAGCGGUGCAGUGCGGGGGGCGUUUGCCAAACAUGUCCGCUACUUUGCCCGAAUCAGAUCUCUCUGGCGUUGUAGUCCGAAAGAAACACCAUCACCACCGCGACAAUCGUAUAUCGGGGGAAGCCGACUUUAUCGUGUUAAACAGCAGGCAUGUGACCCCAGGGCUGCUGAUGCUGCGGCCCUGCUGAACAGAUUUCGGUGCUGCGAUUGCAACAGCAGCAGCCUUGGGUUGUGUAAAUGGGGUUGCUAUUUUAGGCUCCCUGCUGCAAGCCGAAUCAAUUGGGCGCGUAGUUGCAGGUCUUCGACAUAAACCAGUACGGCAGUUCUAAGCCUUGUGUGUUUUGUUAUGUUGGUGCUGCAAGAACACAAUGAUUUAUAUGGAAACUGCCUUAGCGCGGAUAGAAAAUGCAAAAAAAAAAUGCCAUCUAGGCAGGUGAACAAAGUAAAGCGUGUGGUAAACAGCGUGUUUAGAGAAGUCCACCACUUCGCGCACGCAGAGUCAGUUGUUAAAGCAGAGUGGCACCCUUUAAAAAAAAAAUGUUUUCCGGAAAUGUUAGUGCUUAUGGUUGGGCUUUCGGUUGGUGUUAUCAUUCACUGAGCGUUAAAACAUUCACCUGGAGUUUGACACAUUGUUUUUUGAAGUUUUGUUUCAUUUGUGUGUCCUACAGUGUAGUCGCCUGCGAGUUCCUGCCCAGUGCUGUUCGAUGGAUGCAUAUUAAUUUGGUGCCUUCCUCAUGUCAUGUGAAUGAGGCACAGAAGAAAAAUAAAAUGUGGGCACCAGCUUUUUGGGAAAUUGGUAUUUCGCUUCCCCUCUGUCGGCUGUCGGCAGGAUCUCCUGUGGAAGUGCUGUGAGCUGCUCUGAGAAUAAUCGGUAUUGGAUUAAGACAUUUUUUUUUUCUGGUGCAAGGUUCAACGAUUCUCACGGGCCUUGACAUUUUUCUCGUGUGUGAUGUAACUAACUUAUUAGACCAACAUUGUUUGUACUUUUUUAUGUCUACUCCCUUUUUUUGUUGAGAUUUAGUGUAUGGGUAAUGCGUCAACAAUAAAAUAUUUUUGUUUUGGUGA